GUGACAUUUCUGCUCGGACAUUUCCUCCCAGUCAGUAAUUCCGUUCAGUCGCAGCAGCUGUCCCGACUCCCGUGUGCGUGCAUCCUCCAUCAACUUCCCAGGCCAUUCAGCUGCUUGCAGUCCCAGCCUCUGCUUUUUUACUAAUUUUCGAACGCUUUCCGUCAUGGCCUGCGCCUCGGCCCAACUCGUGUCAUCCUCGCAGCGCCUGCUCGGCGCGCAGGCCAUUCCGUCGUCGCUAUCCGAAAGCGCGCACGUGACACGUCAUGCUGCGGCCAGCACCUCGCAGCGCCGAGUCAGGCCGUGCCGAGCAGAAGCCGCGAAGGCCUUCACCCCCGCGUCUGACGGCGACGUCUCCCGCCGCUCGCUGCUGCUCGCCGUCUCCGCCGCGCCCGCCGCUCUGGCCCUCUCGCUCUCGCUCUCCCCGGAGGCCAUGGCGGCCCCGCGCACGACCCUUCCGACGGAGAGCGAGGAGGAGCUCAAGCUGUGCUCCGCCGAGUGCGAGGCCACGCUGGACGACAUCCCCCUGAAGACGACUGCCUCGGGGCUGCAGUACCGGGACAUAGUGGUGGGGCGAGGGCCGUCGCCGCCUGUGGGCUUCCAAGUGGCAGCAGACUACGUGGCCAUGGUGCCGUCGGGGAAGAUAUUCGCCAGCUCUCUUGAGAAGGGGAUGCCAUAUAUCUUCCGCGUCGGCUCAGGCCAGGUGGUGGCAGGGCUGGAUGAGGGCAUUCUCACCAUGAAAGUCGGUGGGCUGCGCCGACUCUACAUCCCUGGAGAGCUGGCCUUCCCCAAGGGCCUGGCCUCAGCGCCUGGGCGUCCGCGUGUGCUGCCCAACGCGCCCGUUGUGUUUGACGUGAAGCUGGCCUAUGUGCCGGGGCUGGAGGAGGACGAGGAGGAGUGAGAGGUGGAUAGAGGGGGAGUGAGUGAAAGGGGACGGCUGGAAACGUGGGGGGAAGAGGAUAGGGGGUUGUGCUGCCAAAUGCGCCUGUUGUGUUUGAUGUGAAGCUGGCCUAUGUGCCGGGGAUGGUGGAGGACGAGGGGUGAGCGUGGCGGGGGACUAUGCUACAGGUGGAAAUUUUUGCUGGACAUUCCUAGAGUAUGGCUGCAUUCUACCAUGUGUUAAUGUGAGUGUAACAAUGAAUUUUGAGAUGAAGAUAGGGUACAAGCAACAGGUGUAGUUGUUGCUGGUUAAUAAGAGAGUCCCAACUGAAACGAAAAAAAUCUGCAACUGAAG